GUCGAUUCAAUAAUUAAACGAGGUAUGUCGGAAGGGAACCAUUUGCCCAGAAGCUUUGCGAGAAUAAAUAAAUUGCUCCCUCAAUACAAUCCAAAGCAAAUACGCAAUCGGUAUGUCAGCAAAAUUUAUUUUGUUUUUUAUUUUUUUUUUGAAAAAAAAAAUCCAGACCAAGUUUUAUAA